UGCGUCGCCGUGACUAUGAGAAAUCGCCUCAUCGAACAAGACGAGCACAUAUCCCAGAAGCCCUCCGCCUAGAUCCCUCCGCAGCACAGCUACCAGCAGCGUUCUUCAACAGACAACAUGGCAGAUAAGAAGCAGACCGUGGAUCUUGGGCUAUUAGAGGAGGAUGAUGAAUUCGAAGAAUUUCCAGCAGAGGACUGGACAGGUCUGGACGAAGACGAGGAUGCACACGUCUGGGAAGACAAUUGGGAUGACGACAACGUAGAAGAUGACUUCUCGAAUCAACUCAGAGCGGAGCUGGAAAAGCACGGCUACAAGAUGGAGACGUCGUAGGGCUUUGCUAAGGCCCCUUUGGUGUUGACCAACGUUGGAUACGGACUUUGAUGUUAAACGUUUCCAUUGUGAAGCAAUGGUAUAAAAAUAUGUUUUUGUUUUUGUAAGAAAUAUUGAAGUAAAGUUUUGAAAAAUAA